UUCAUGACCUAAUUUAAAUAACAUGCUAUGAGGAUCAUGUCUGUCCCUCAUGGUUCUAAUUGCUUUUUGAGAUAUUUUAAGACCUGUGGUAUAUUGUCUUGGAUGUAUCAUGGUAGAAAUUUUUCUACCAUGAUAAGGGUAUGAUAAGGGUUCAAUGAAAAAAAAAAAUGAUUUCUUGAAUUAAUAACUUGCGAAAAAUCGGUUUGUAAAUUUGAGGGUGUUACAUAUUGGUAUCAGAGCAUAUAGUCGGUUGGCAAUAUACAUUGUUAUGGUGCUUCUCAUUGUAUGGCCAUGAUAUAGCUAGGCUAAUUUUAUUAUUUAUAUCUUGUAUCCUUUAGGAGGGGAGAGAAAAUGCCUGUUACUCGUGGUAACUCAGGAUUCCAACAUGAGCACCUGCCACCGCCACUGCCAAAUGAGGAGCCUGACUUGGCGGAAUUAAGAAUGCUUGUAAAAACAUUAACAGACAAGGUUCAAGGAUACGAACAAGAGUUGACGGAGCUAAAGAGGCAAAAGGUAACUGAAAAUGGAGAUAGGGCUCAUGUUGAGAGUCAUGUGGGGGAAGGCAGUUCCUCACAUCCUGCCACUCUGAGAGAUCAUGAGUCUAGAAGGAAAGAAAUUAGGCAGGAGGAACAGAGAGCCCCACCGACCAUUACUGAUGUGUGGGAAACUGUUAGGAAGUUUAACCCUCCUACGUUUGAUGGUAACCUUAAACCAUCCGUGGUAGAGGAAUGGGUGAAGAGACUCGAAUCCAUCUUUCGAGUAGUCACAUGCACCAGCAAUCAAAAAGUACAAGUAGCAUUAGUGCUCCUAGUGAAAGGAGCAAGAGAUUGGUGGGAGACAGCAGGGCCCAGGGAUGAUUCUACACUCACCUGGGAGGAAUUCAAGGAAAAAUUAUUUAGGCAUUACUUUCCAUCAGAGUUAAGGUCUGAGAAGGAAGCGGAAUUCCAUGCCUUUAAGCAAGGGAACCUCGAUGAGGACACAUUCAUUGCUAAGUUUCAGGAGUUAUCUAGAUACUCCACGUACCUGCAGUAUAGGGAUGAUUCCGAAUGGAAGGCUAAGCGCUUAUUGGAGAAGGCUAGACCAGAAUUGAGGGAACAAUUGGCUCAUCUAGAUAUCCGAGAUUAUGAUGAAAUGUGCAUAAAACUACAAGUAGUAGCUCGCAGUAAGAAGGAGGUUGAGAGAGAGAAGAGGGGUUAUUCAUAUAGUAGACCCCCAACCUACCCUCGACCCACCGGAGGCAUUAUGAAGAAAAACCAUCAGGGUUCGAGUAGCUCAUGGAACCAAGGAAGGCAGAAGGGUCCAUUUCAAAGGGGCCAAGGACAGAGGAGCUAUCAUAGUAGUUAUUACGGGUCACAGAGGAGCCCAACAGUAUCUACCCCUGCCCCGAGUACAGCGAGCUCUCAACAGUGCACUAAAUGCGGGCGUCGUCAUUUCGGACAGUGCUGGAUCUGUUACAUUUGUGGGAAACCCGGUCACAUUGCAAAGUUUUGUGGGGACAACCAGGGCUCAAAUAUGAAGAACCCUUCCCAACAUCCUACUGUCUCUGGUCGUGUGUUUGCUCUUACUCAGGACACCAUGAACUCCCCAGAUGCCAUUAGAGAUUAUAUUGACAAAGAUAGUGGUGAAAAAGGAGUUGUGAAGGGGAACUUGUUAUUCAAGACACAAGGAGCGAAUCCGGCCGAGAAAGCACCAGAGGUGUAAUUAUGGUGUAUGAGACACCAUCUUUUACGUUGCCUCUUAUUUUGGAUUAUACAAUGUAUCUUGUGCCA